AUGCCGGCUAGAGUCGCACGGUCCAGUACUUCGGCUGCUGUACCGAAGAACGCGCGCAAUAAGAAUAAGAAGCGCUCGCUGGAUGCAUAUUCUCAGGCGCAGAAACUCAUUCCAGAGAAAGGACCUGCUCGCCACAGGUUGGGCGAGGAUAUCGAUGAUGAACCUCGGCAGAAACGGCGACGAAGGGACAGCGAGGAGGAUGAUGAGGAUGAGGAAGAAGAGGAGCCACAGCGAAAGCGGCCGAACAAGCGCUCUUUUGCGAAUGAUCAGGACGACGAGGAUGUUGAAUACGGCAGCGACCCCGAUGGCAAUCAGUUGACACUGGGUGGUAUUGCCGAGGACGACGAUGAUAGCGAUCUGGACUCAGACGAAGCUUUUGGCGAGUCGGACGAGGAGCGAUUUGAAGGUUUCACAUUUCGAGGCUCGAAGAGUAGUAAGGGAAAGACGAAAGUCAAGAAACCCGUGGCCUCGUCGAGCAAGCGAAGGAGCAACGAUAUCAAUCUUAACGAAAAAGAUGAGAGCGAAGAUGAUGAUGGAGACAGUCAAGACGACGAAGGCUUGGGCUUCGGUGACGAUGCGGUCGACUUGGCUGCCAUGCUGGACGAUGACCACGAUGAAAUACUAGGCGGCAAGGAUACGCCAGGUGAAGACAUGGGAGAACAAAGCGAGGGCGAGAGUGAAGAGGAUGAUGAGUCUGAAUCGGAAGAAGAGGAUGACGAAGAUGAAGGAGACGAGGAAGAGAUGAAAGAACGGUCUGCACGGAUAAUGGAUAGACUAGAGGCCCUCGAUGCUCCCGCUCGUCAAGCACCGGCACCGCAGGCCUCUGAAGCCGUCACCGUGGAUGACUUCAUGGCAGAUACUGAAUUGGCUCCUGAGAAGACAAGCUCGAAAAGUAAGAAGAAGGCCGCAAAGCCUACAGCAAUUGCUGCGCCUCUUCCCAAGCGACAACAAGACCGUCUAGAUCGCGAAGUCGCUACUGAGAAAGCUAAGCAGCAGCUUGAUCGAUGGCGAGACACGGUAAUCCGCAAUCGUCGAGCCGAGUUUCUGAAUUUCCCUCUGCAGAACCCUGCCGAUCAGAAUGGCUCGCUUGGAAAAGAAAAGUUUGUCCCUUCGACGCAAGAGAAGCCUCAGAACGAACUCGAAGAGAGCAUUCAGCGUAUCAUGGAAGAGUCAGGGCUUGUCGCUAAGCAAGGUGAGACGGCAAAGGCUGGCAACACGGAGGCCGCUCUACUGAUUAAGAGCGAGGAGCUCGCCGAAAAGAAGUUGCCAGUCGAAGAAGUCAUGCGCCGCCGUGCUGAGCUGCGCAAAGUCCGAGAGCUCCUCUUCCGCGAGGAAUUGAAGGCUAAGCGCAUUGCCAAAAUCAAGAGUAAGAGCUAUAGGCGAGUACAUCGCAAGGAGCGGGAACGCCAGGCUGCACAGGAACGCGAGGCGCUUGAGGGCAUGGGAAUAGAUCCUAUGGACGAAGAUGAAAAGGAAAGAACUGACCGCAAACGAGCGGAAGCCCGCAUGGGUACGAAGCACAAAGACUCCAAAUGGGCCAAAUCAAUCAAGCAGACGAACCGGACUGCGUGGGAUGACGAUGCCCGAGACGGCGUGGUUGAGCAGGCCAGACGUAACGAGGAACUACGGAAGAGAAUUGCUGGUCGAGAUGUGUCGGAUGGAAGCGAUGUCUCUUCUGACGAGGAGACAAGUGACAAUCAAACUUUGAUGAAGAAGCUUCAUGACCUCGAAGGAGCCAAUGCUAGUGAACCGAAGGGUCUCGCCGGUCUGAAGUUCAUGCGUGCAGCGGAUGAGCGCAGACGGAAGCAGAAUGACGAGGAUGUGGAACGAAUCCGCAAGGAGCUUGCCAUAGCCGAUGGAGACGAAGAGGAGAGCGAGGAUGAAGAAGAAGGUCUCGGUCGUGCUAUUUUCGGGCCACAGAAGAAGGAGGAGCCGAGAGUCGAGGAAGCCAGACUGGAGUUUGAAGCGCCUGAAAGUGACGACGAAGAAGAAGGAGUCAGACACACAGACGAGAACGAGAAAAAAACCGCAUCAUCAAGCGUGAAAGCCGCACCGAAAGUCAAUGCGAGGACCACGCGAACUGCUGACGACCCUCCUUCGAAAAGUGGGUUGAAGAAGGCAGAGCAUAAUGACGAACGACCGGAGAAGAGAUGGCUUGAGGAUCCAGUGCAAAAGCAGGGGAGUGACUGGCUCAAGGCGCCGAAAAAGUCCAGGAAAUCCGCACCUGUCGAUGUUGAGAUUGAUACGCUUCAGGCGUCUAGGCCAGCCAAUGCAGAGGCUCCCGCAAAACAUGCGAAUGCGGUGAAGGCUGAGAAGGCGAGGCAAGCAUCUGAGCGCACCGCUGAGAACACCAACGGAUGGACCACGGUCACAUACAACCACGGCUCUGACGCUGAGGGUUCAGACGAGGAGACUGCCGACCCUGUGCUCAACGCUAAACAGCAGAAGCAGUCUCUCCUGAAGCGAGCGUUUGCCGGCGAUGACGUGCAGACCGCCUUCGACGCCGAGAAAGAAGAACUAGCAGUUUCCGAGGAUGAAAAAGAAGUUUCCCACUAUCUUCCCGGUUGGGGCGCUUGGGCAGGCUCCGGGCUCACCAAAAAGCAGAAGGCACACAAUGAGCGUCGGAAGCAUAAUCCCCUCUUCAAGGCCAAGACCAAUGGCGUGAAGCAGGCGGAUCGGAAAGAUGCGAAGCUGAAGAAUGUUGUUAUCAGUGAGAAGGACGAUCGCAAAGGCAAGAAAUACCUUGCCUCGGUGCUACCGCAUGAGUUUGAGAAUCAGGAACAGUACGAGAGGAGUAAGAGAUUGCCGAUGGGACCGGAAUGGACGACCAAGGAGGUGCAUCAGCGCAUGACCAGGCCUAGGGUCGUGGUUAAGCCAGGUGUUAAUAUGACGGCUCUGGAAAAGCCUGUCGCGUAG